CAGUGGGAAGAGAGCCCAGCUGGGGGAGUGAGAGAUGGAUAGCGACCCCAAAGACAGCGAGCCUCUUGAAACCAAGGAGCCUGCUCUUCGUGAUGAUGAAAAUUCCUCUUUCAUUUUGGGAAAUGGGAAUCUUGUAACUCCUCAGAAGCAUGAACCUGAAGUGACUCCUAAUGGUUGCACACUGGAUACUUUCAAGUCACCUUUGGACUUUUCCACAGUAACAGUAGAGCAAUUGGGAAUUACACCUGAAAGCUUUGUAAAGAACUCUUCAGGAAAGUCCUCAUCCUACCUUAAAAAAUCCAGACGACGUUCUACAAUCGGUGCUCGCGGCUCCCCUGAAACAAACCAUCUUAUUCGUUUCAUUGCUCAGCAGCGGAGUUUAAAGAAGGCAGAGAAGUCUCCUUUGACACAGAAUUCCCCUUUUCUGGGCAGUCCUGUACCCUAUCGAAAUGUUAAUUCUUUAAGGGAGCGAAUGUCUGCCUUCCAGUCAGCUUUUCACUGCAUAAAGGAGAAUGAAAUCAUGAUCGACCAUCCUGAAUUCUCAGAGGCUGAAGGAGAGUUCAAGACAACAGGCUCGUCCGAAAAGGAACAUCUUGGUGGAUGUCAAGAGUCUGAGUUCCCCGCAAACUUAUCAUCCAAGCGUCGAAGGAUAUCCUCUCAGAGUGGCGUUGAUGAAAAUCUCAUGGAUGCAGUUCAUCUCCAGAUAUUCCAUAGUGCCCCUUCUCCUAAUACAGGCAAAAUGUGUGCUGUUGAAGCUGCACCUGCAGAUUUUUCCGAGAAAUCUUUUGAAUCUGGUUUAACACGGUCUGGAUAUUUAGUUGGAGAGUCUGUUUCACUUUCCGAGCUCACAGAGGCUUCAAGUGGAGUCAUGGUUGCCGAGUGCGUAGAGGGCAAAAGAUCAAGGGACGCUGUUCCACUUGACAAUUUGAUGGAAGUGAGCACAGACACCACUCCUGAAGUCAGGUCCCUGGUUACUUCACAGUGUACGAGGGACGUUUCAUCCUCUGAGACCUUUGUACUUCGUUCUGUGCUAAAGAAACCCUCUGUUAAGCUGUUUCCAGAGGGCCUGCAGGAACACUGUGACAAUCUCUGUGAUGAUGGGACUCAUCCGGGCUUAAUCUCAAGUCUUGCAAACUAUUGCAAAGAACAAAAAGCGGAAGGUCAAGAAUAUUGCAAAGUGCCAGCUUUUCUAAAUAUCAGGAAGAGGAAAAGAGUUACUUUUGGAGAGGAUCUAAGCCCUGAGGUGUUUGAUGAGUCUUUACCAGCAAAUACUCCAUUGCGUAAAGGAGGAACGCCUGUCCGCAAAAAGGAUUUAAGUGGUGUCAGUCCCCUGCUACUUGAGCAAUCACCAGUUCCUGCGCAGCUACAGUUAUCACAACCGAAUUUUGAUGACAAGGGGGAGAAUCUUGAAAACAUAGAACCUCUUCAGGUAUCAUUGGCAGUUCUGAGUCCUGUUAAUAAGUCUUCAAUCUCUGAGACUCUUUCAGGCACUGAUCCCUUCAGCUCUGGAAAAAACCACGAGGAAAUAGCCUCCCAUAAAGUUGGUAGAAUAACACGGGCCUCUAACAGAAGUAGUCAAUUGAUCACUUUUGCAGAAGAGAAUGUUUGUAACUUACUUAAUACAGAAGUUCAGCCUUGUAAAGAAAAGAAAAUUAAUAGGAGGAAAUCUCAGGAAAGGAAGUCCACAGGAAGAGUACUUCCUAAAAAGAAUCAGGCUUUAAAAAGUUUCAGGAAGAAGAAAGCAAAGGGAAAGAAGAGCGUUCAGAAGUCUUUAUACGGGGAAAGAGACCUUGCUUCAAAGAAGCCACUGCUCAGUCCUAUUCCGGAGCUGCCUGAGCUUUCUGAGAUAAUGCCUCCCACUCCAGGCCCCAGAAGACUGUGUUCAGAUGAUUUCAACUCCAAUGGCGAACUUGAAGAAACAAAGCUUUCUAAAAGAGAGAAUCUUUUGCCCCAGAACCCGGAAGAUUUGCAGAUGAGUCAAGGCUUUAAUAAAUAUGAUCUGUCCGCAUUGUGUAGCCCUUUCAUGAAAAGGUCCUUGUCGCUUAUCAACGCUACUUUAGAGCAAGAUUUAAAUAAAAGUGCCAUAGCCACUAAUGAACAGAAAACUAUUCCAAAAGCAGAAAUUAAGUUGGAAGGCGAAAACGGACUGAGAGCCGGCUCCGAGAGUGGAAGCGGUCAUGUUUCUUGUGCUCCUGUGACCGCAGAGCCCCUGGCAUCAGACGAUGCAGAAUCCAGUAACGUCCCGCCACCCCGGGAAUUGGCUGCUGCCGGUCAGAAUGUGGAGAACCUUUUUCAGAUCUUUAAAAUUUCAGAAAAUGUAAACAUAAAGUAUGAAAAACAGGAUGACUUUUUAAUAGCUACUGAAGGAAAACGGCAGACCAUGCCCUUAACAACUGACUUAAAAAAUGAGGAGAUCUUAAGUGACCAUGUAAAAGACAGUAAAAGUCUGAAUGCAGCUUUGGGAAGAAGCUCUAUAGAAGGUCAAAGUGGCACGGGUGUGAGUGGUGGAGAAAAGAAGCAUAGAAGGCGCUCUACGUGUUAUUCCGACGGCCAGAGUUUAUAUUUGGAAAAAACUGGAAAUCACAAACCUCCCUACGUGGUGAGCAACUCUCUAGAAAUUGGUUUAGAAAAUUCUGAACUGUAUAAAGAUUUAUCUGCCUCCAUAGAGCAAACCUUCCAGAGAACAAAUAGCGAAACAAAGGUAAGACGUAGCACAAGGCUACGGAAAGAUCUGGAAGAUGAAGGGCUUGUAUGGAUUUCACUUCCAUUUCCUUCCACAUCCUGCACUUCCCAAAGAAUGAAAAGGAGAACAAUAUGUACGGUUGACAGCAGAGGAUUUGAAAGCUUGUCCCUCUCUCAAGAAACUGCAUCGUCUGGACAGAACCAGAGUCUGUCGCUCCCCGUGUCAGGUAAAGAAAACAGGGAGGGCUUUGCUGCCAGGGCUUCCAACUCAUCUGGAAAGAGGAGGAAGAGCCUCUGUACAUCUACACUCACAAAUUCGAAAGAUACGACUCAGUCAGAGUGCUUCAAACGAAGAACCUCUCUCAGCCAAAAGGGAGAGACCUCUCUAAAGGACUUCGAAAGAGUGGGACAUGUCCGGGAACCAAAGCAGUGACUGGCUUUUCCUACAGAACCUGUGGCCGCAGAGAAGGUAACCAUCCGUGCUUAAAAAGAUCCUUUCAUUCUGCUUCUCAUCCUUUGUUCAACUUCGGUGUUUUAAAAGUUUCAAAUAAAAUCAUUUGAGUUGAACCUAUUUGUAAGUAGAAAUAAGUGAUUUCUUCAUCCCAAAGGGAAACAUUCUAUUAAAAAUGUUCUUCCCUCCCCAAAUAGUACAUAUUUACUAAAGCUUUCACAGUAGUACAUGUUCACUGAAGCUUUAGAGUCUCGUCUCCCUUGUAAAAAACAACUGUCUUUUAGAAGUGACUCAUUCUUUCUGCAUGAGAAGAGUUUAAAAAACAAAAUGAUGGAAUUAAUGUAAUUUUGUAAAAAUUGAAGGUAAUAAAUACAAGGUUAAACACUGUUAGA